AUGCUCUUAAAUAGAAGAAAAAAUGGAUCACCAAAAAGGGUCACGUUACUGCUUCUCAUACUAACACUGUGUUUAAAACACACAGCUCAUUUUGUCCGGUCCUUUGCGCUGAGCAAAACAUCUUUCGCCUUAAGUGCUACCAGUGGGAAAAAUGACAGCGGGAGGAAGGCCCAGCUGAAGGAGAACCGGAAGCUCCUGGUCGAGAUUGGGAACAGCCUCAAGGGGCAGGAUGUAAAGCAGGCGCUGUCCAACCUGGACGACCUGCUAGAAGCCUACCAAAAGGAUACCAAAUUGUCGAGGAACAUGAGUACCUUAUGUGGGAAUGUUUUAAAUUUGUGUAGCAAGUACAAUGACAUCAACAGCAUGAUUAACGUAAUAGAAAAAAUGAAGAAGCACAAGAUACACAUGCAGGAGAAUUCCUAUCUAGCUAUUUGUAAUUAUUAUAUCAGGAACAAUUAUAUAUAUGAGUACCUGCUGACGAUUAAUAAAAUGAUACAGAAGAAUAUUACCAUCCGGGAGAGGUUUUACAGGUACAUCCUCGUUCAUGUUCUUGACCUCCCCCUUGGCGGGGUUAGCGGGGUUAGCGGCGUGGACAGUGUUUGCGACGCGCCAAACAAAACGGAACAGGAGCUAUAUCACGCCGCGCACAUAAGCAACAAAAGGUGUAACUUGAUAAAAAAUAUCGACUACAGCAACUUUGAAAAACAUAUGAAGGAGGUAGAAAAAUACAAUAUUCCAAAUCUGAGUGAGGAAGACAAAAAGUACAUCCUGAAUAACUACCUACUCAUUGACAUUUUUAAACAUAUGAACGAGAACAGGGUGAAGAUCAAACUGCUAUACAUUUUGAAGCUCAUUCAUUAUGUGUACGAAAAUGUGCAGCACUUGAUUCGACGGAGCCAACCGGCCAACGAGCCGUCCAACCGGCCAUUCAGCCAACCGGCCAACGACGACAGCAACGACGACAGCAACGACGACAGCAACGAGGAUGGCAACGCGGAUGGCGCCGCGCGGCACACCAAGGCGAAACUGCUGAGUGACGUCCUGACGGACCAGCUAAGGGACAUCUUGGAGCUCUACAAAAUGAACUACGAGUCGAUGAGCAUUAACAUUAAAAAGUACGAGGAUGAAGCAGACGAGGAGGAAAAACGAACUGUCUUUUAUCAAGUCAAUAAGAUAAUAAAAAAAUUGCCCUUUAUAAAACUAACUGAAAAUGUAAAAAAUACUUUCAACUGUAAAAAUUGUGCAGAGAAUAUCAACACCUACUUCCUAUCACUCAAGCAUACCAUCAUCGUCAUUGUGAAUAUUAUCCUCAUUACGCACCUGUUUAAUAGUAAAGAGAUUUUUAAAAUAAAACAUUUUUUUUCCAUUCUGAAUGGCGGGGGGAGUACUGCUGCGGACGCGCCCCGUGAGGGGGCAAUGGAGGGAAGUGUCUGCAGCGCAAUUGCGUCUGACGGAAGUGCGUCCAACGGAAGUGAGCAACGCAGUAGCGUACCCAAGGUGGAAGACACACCCCCAGGUGAAGAAGGAUCCUCGCUGCCUGACCCACGAAGCACGAACAAACUGUUUGAACGCGGCACAUACACGUGCCUCCUAGACGGAGCGAACAUCGGGUAUAAUAAGCAAAACGUGGAGAAUGGCCGCUUCAGUUUUUUGCAAAUAGAAAUUUUGAAGGAAAUUAUAAAAAAGAGAAAUAAGGAAACGCCCCUCAUUAUCCUGCCCAAAAUAUAUCACUACAAAAAUUCAUUGAAGCACCUGCAGCAGUGCGAGUCGGAGCAGGAGGGCAGUGCCAAUUCAAGUAUCUUUAUACCAAACAAAACGAUCAAGGUGAAAAAGGGCGGUUUGUUGUCUCGCAGGGGAGGAGAGGAGGAGGUAGUGCAAAAUGAGGAAGAUUUACGCCACGGUGAUGAAUCGCAAAGCGGCAGUGGUGAGUCGCAGCGGGGACCCCACCCACUGGCCUACAUCAGACGCAUGUUCAACAAACUAGACCCCACAGAUGUGGAAAUAAUAAAAAAAUGGGAAAGCGAAAAAUGUCUGUACAUAUGCAACUAUAACAUGUACGAUGAUUACUACUACAUAUUGGGUAGCUUGGCCAGAAGUAACAACUUGUUCAACAUAUGUACGUAUGUCGACCGCCUGGCAAAGCAUUUUCACAAGUACCAAAACCUAAACCACAACAUCAUCAUCGACAGCUACACUAGAAGUGGAGACAAGGAGGUCUACAAUGAAAGAGAAAUUUUACACGUGUACAAUAAUAUUAUAUUUGAUCAAAAUAAUCAAAUAAUGGUCCUUGUAAGUAAUGAAAAUAUGAAUAAGGAAAAAAAAUAUAUUUCUAUGAACGAGCAAUAUUAUAAUGACCAAAUAAAAAAAAGGAAAUAUUCCCAUAUGACUUUUUUCGAGCAGUACAAAAAUAAAUUAUCCUUUCGGGAUAAGGACAGUGUGCCCUACUCCGAUGAGAAUGUGUUCAUGGAGACAUAUAUGUGUGAUGCGAAAGGAGAAAAUGUGCCAGUCUGUAUUGGUGAGGAGGAGUGCGAUUCGCAGGUCGGUUCCCCCAAAACUACUCCCCACCUGAGAAGCAAAUGUAGUAAGAAGGAAGUACACCCUGAGGAGAGAAGCACCACAUGCCAACGGGAAGAAAAGUGUGAGAAGGAACAAAUGGAAGGAAAAAAUUUCUACUACAGUAACAUUUAUGUGAAAUGUAUUAAAGACGUACAAAGUGUUCAGAAGCCCAUUUAUAUUUACACAAAUGACAAAAUGAAGAAUCACUACUUUAAUGAGUACACAAAUUAUAUUUUGAAGAAAUGGAAAAAAAAAAGUUUCAUCUCCUUUUACUUUAAGCAACCAAUAUUUAUGUCUGACCUGUUAAGCCAAUCAGAAUCCAACUCAAUAGAUCUCUCCAAAUUAAUAAGUACGUACAAACUGCCUUUUGUAAAUUUGGAGAAUCCCAAGCUCUACAUUGAUGACAUCGUGUCGUAUAAGGACAAGGGCAUUUAUCACAUUAAGAUUAAUACACCCAGUAAAACGUUUUUGUCUUACCAGAGUGAAAACCUGCCCUUCCUGCAGAGCGCCAACAACGUCGUCAGAUACCUCUGCAUCGACUUCUCCAAGGUGUACACGCAGGGGGGAGCGUACAACCACAGCCAUCCUCGCGCAGGGUAG